AUGGAAGAACCGAUUCACGGUGGGACUCACCUGGACUCACCUCUGCAUUUCUAUAAGGACGGCUGGGAUGCUUCUCAGAUACCACUGGAGAGGCUGCUUUUCCUGCCGAUAGCAGCCGUGGACGUGCGACCACGAGUACAGUUGAAUCCUGAGUACCUCCUAUCCGUUGACGACAUCUUAAAGUGGGAAUAUAUUUACGGACGCCUUCCAGAGGGCUGCCUUUUCCUGGUUCACACUGGGCACUCUAAGCACUGGGCCGACCGCAUGGCAUACAUGGGGAUCGACAGGAACGGAGUCAAGCACUUCCCAUCGCUUCACCCGGAAGCCGCGCGCUUCCUAGCCACGAAACGCAGCGUUUACGGCGUAGGCCUGGACACACCAUCUGCCGACGCCGGCGACGGUUCUGCCGCGCAUCGAGCACUGAUGAGCAUCAACGUGUUUGUCCUGGAAAACCUCGUCGGCCUGGAAAAGUUACCUGCCCGAGGAGCGUAUGCCCUCGUGAUUCCGCUUAAACUCGACGGUGCCAGUGGUUCGCCAGUACGCGUGGUCGCUUUGGUACCGUGA